AUGUCGUUUUCCACUAUGAAAAUUAAAUGGAAUUUCAACCCUCCAACUGCUGCAAGGUGGGAGCGGAUGAUCCGCAUGCUAAAAGAAAUGCUACGGAGAAUUUGGGGCCAAAAGAGUAUUGAUUAUGAAGAAUUGGAAACUCUUAUAUGUGACUGUGAAGCUACAAUAAAUUCCAGGCCACUCACAUAUAUUGAAAAUAAUUCAGAAGGUCUAAGGGCGUUGACACGUGCUUGUUUCUUGCAAGGCAUUCCUAAUAGUGAUAAAACUGAUUUAGAUGAAAUCGACAUGCAUAAAGGCUGUCACAACAGAGAGGUAUCUUUGAAUGUUGGUGAUGCAAUUCUCCUUGAAACUGAUGGAAAACGCUUUCACUGGCCACUAGGAAUUGUAUAUGAGGUCCUCCCUAAAGCAGAUGGACAUUCAAGAAUUGCCAGACAAAAGGACAAAAAUACAAACACUCAACUUCCUGCAAUUCCAGUUGUUUCAGAUCAAGAUUCCACUGAAGAUGAUGAUUAUAUAACCAAAGUAGCUCCUGAUGUUGUCACUAAAGCUGGUCGACGCAUUAAAAUUCCCAAUAGACUCAAUUUAUAA